UCCUCAGGGAGGCGGGAGGUACCGGUUUGUGGCGCUGUGAAAUGGGGUGCGACCAGGCAGCAUGUGAUGCUGGAGUGCUCAACCCGGAGUUGCUAGCACCUUGACAUGGGGAAGACGAAGGCGCGGGAAAGGAAAUUCACUAUCCUCGUCUAUUUAUCAGACCCAGGAGAGAUCUGUUUUGACGAGCAAGUGAAGAUGUUUUUUGGGAGAGAAGGCCCAGUCAUCUGUUACAACUCACAGGAUGAUCUGCCACCCCAUCCUGCAGAAUCUGAGUACAUUUUGAUAUCACCCUUGGAGGCCUUCCCUGAAGAACCCAGAAGGUCCUAGUGGUUCACCUAGAAGUUUCUGGAUCAGAAGUCAUUACUAGAACAUCAUGAGAGUUCUGAGUGAAGCAACAGGAGGUGUUGGCUAAACUUGUGAUUUUAAGAAAGCCAGAGGGCCAGAAAGUACUCUUGGGAGAAGCCCUGUGUAUGGGCAGUUGGAUCAAGAGGAGAAACUGCCCCGUCACCCGGACUUAUGACCCGCGGCUUCUCUCCCAGCCUGCCUGUCGAGUUCCACAAGAUGGGCUCCUUCCGCAGGCCCAGACCUCGCUUCAUGAGCUCCCCGGUGCUCAGUGAUCUGCCCCGAUUUCAAGCCACCCGGCAGGCUUUGCAGCUGAGCUCCAACUCGGCCUGGAACAGUGUCCAGUCGGCCGUGAUCAACGUCUUCAAAGGGGGCGGUCUACAAAGCAAUGAGCUCUAUGCACUGAACGAAAACAUCAGGCGGCUGCUGAAGAGUGAACUUGGAUCCUUCAUAUCAGACUAUUUCCAGAACCAGCUUCUUGCAAAAGGACUGUUGUUUGUGGAGGAGAAGAUUAAGCUGUGUGAAGGUGAAAAUCGCAUUGAGGUUCUGGCUGAAGUCUGGGACCACUUCUUCACUGAGACUCUCCCCACUCUGCAGGCAAUAUUUUACCCAGUUCAGGGCCAGGAGCUGACCAUCCGCCAAAUCUCCCUGCUGGGCUUCCGGGACCUGGUCCUGCUGAAGGUGAAGUUGGGGGACCUGCUGCUGCUGGCCCAGCCCCAGCUGCCCUCAUCCAUUGUGCAGAUGCUGCUCAUCCUACAGAGUGUUCAUGAGCCCACAGGCCCAAGUGAGGCAUAUUUACAGCUGGAGGAUCUGGUGAAGCAAGUGGUUUCUCCCUUCCUUGGCAUCAGUGAGGACCGUGGUAUCUCAGGCCCCACAUACAUGCUAGCCAGACGCCACUCCAGGGUCCGGCCCAAGGUGAUGCUCCUAAACCAUGGCUCGCCCACAAACACGGUCAGCCGGCCACUGAAUGAGAAUGCCCUGACCCCACUGACAGAGCAAGAAGGGGAGGCCUACCUGGAGAAGUGUGGCAGCGUCCGGCGGCACACGGUGGCCAACGCCCACUCGGACAUCCAGCUACUGGCCAUGGCCACCAUGAUGCACUCGGGCCUCGGGGAGGAGCCGGGGGGUGAGGACAAAUGCCUGCUCCUGCCACCCAACUUCUCCCCGCCCCACCGGCAGUGCUCCAGCGAGCCCAACAUCACCGACAGCCCUGAUGAGCUGGCAGAGGUACCAGGGGGCGACCAGGAGCACUCGGACCUGAACUGUGCUUCCCUCAGCUGAGUGCCUCCUCAGACUUCUGAGCUCCUGCCCAGCAACCGAGAUGAGGACGGAUCCAACUGUGGGUCUCCCGGGGACUCUGCUCUGGGCAACACUGCCUUAUUUCUUUCUGGGUCCAGGCCUGGCCUAAGUGCCCCGGGGGAAAUCCCUUUUGACAUCCACACAGACACAAUGGCCCAGCGUCCACUUUCUAACUUGCAGCCUUACCUGAUUCACAUCCUCAUCUCUGGGCCCUGUUCCCUCAGUCGUGGGGCUGCCCGCUGCACCCCCGUGCCCCUGGCAUUCUUACCACAGCGGGCAUCGUCAGGACCUCACAGAGCCAGCAUAGGUGUGUUGUUGGCUUUGAGGCUUCCUCGUUGGGUUCUUGUGAUAAGAGGCUUUUGGGUGAAAAGAGGUAGUAGAGAGGGGUCACCCCCCUCCGCUUUCUGUGCAGCGCCCUCCAAGCUUUUGCUGGACAUGCAUCUUCCUAAUUUAAUUUCAGAAUUACUGGGAAAGAAUUGCCCCCUGGUGGGUCAGGGGCCCUCCUCACUUAUCUCAGAUCCUACAUGCUGCCUCCACAAACAUCUUUCACUCACAGGGUGAGAGAGACCCCGUCCUUCAUUAAGCCUGGGCAUUUCCCUCCCAGGCUGCCUUCCAAGCUCAAGGAGACUAACCUUCCUGGUGGAGUAGCUGGUGUCCUCAUCCCUCUCUCAUUUCACAAAUGGACCAUUUUCCUGAUGUGAGUCAGGGGCCAGCUGAUACCAACCAACUAGACUGUUCCUGGAUUUGACUUGAAUUUUUUAAAUGUGCAUCAUUUCAAAAAAAAAAUUGUUUGCAAAUAUUUGCACAUAGGGUCUUGCACUGUUCAUUUCCAAGGGGGUACGUCUUCAAACUGAAAAAUAAGCAAACCCCCAUAGGAGGGGAGACUGUCAGUGGUUCAGGGUGAAAGUGAUUGGUGGUUGUUGAGGCUCAGAGGCUGGAGCUCUGGAAAUGGCUGUGGUAUGAGUGUUACGGUUAUUCAGAAAAGCAGUAGUGAGCUAGGGAGGCUCCACGCGCCUCUUGAGCAGAGGGUUGCAGCAAAGGGAACGUCUGGGUGCUUUACACUGGAUGAGGUAGGGGCAGGUGAACAGGAACUUUUGGGGAGAUGUUCAUUCCCUGUGAUUAAAGAAGUGCCUGGAAUGUUUAAUAUGUGAGGUCUAAACAUGCUGCUUGGGGCAGCAGGCUGUGGUACUGGGCUGUAUCCGUAACACUGCUUCCUCCAGAUUGGGGCUUUCUGUCCAGCACAAACCCCUGUGAUCUUCUCUUUGUAUUUGACUGUUGACUCUACUGAUAACAGCUUCAGAAAAAAAGAGAGCUCACUGGCCCUCCUGGCUUCUUCUAGGUAUCCUGUUAGUCUUGAGAAAGUUUGUUUAUAAAAUCUCAGAGACAUGAGCCAGCUUGGCUUCCAGUAUGGCAGGAGGUGGCUGGGAGAGGUUGGGAACAGUUUGAGCUGCCAACAGGGGGAGAGACCGUCUAAGCUCAUCUAAGCCCUGAUAUUUUUUCCCUCUGGGUGAAGAUCUGAAAUGUGACCAGACUUGUGCUUUUGAUGACUUAUAACAUGGAAAUUUUGUUUAAAAAGUUGUUUUAUUUUUAUUCUUCUAAGAGAGUGAUAGAAGAGAAGUGUCCAAAGGGGAUCUGAGAAUUUCAAACAAAAAUAAUCUGUGUAUUUGUUGAAUGAAGUCCUCAAACAGGUUGACAUGUAUUAGUAAAUGAAACAUUAGUAGGUAACAACAUGAUGGUUUAUUUAACUGCUGGCUUCUGUCCUUGUUAGUGCACUAGCACUUGGGGUGAGUAUUUAUGGAUCCAGGCAAAAUAAAUAAUUAUGCUUGGGUUUGCUUUUUCAGUUUCAACUCCAGUGGUACAUGUUUUUAAAUGUCUUUUUCAUAUACUACAUGCCUCUAAUGAAGACAGCAGUCAUCAGUUAAAUAUAUAAGCUCUGAGGUUGAGAUGGAAUAUCAGUACAGACCUAGUGUAUUUCAUUGCUGAUGACUGUCAGUUUAGUUCACGACUUUGCCUUUGAACACACCUGAUAUUUGUACGGUAAAUAUUUCAAACCCUACAUGUAAAGUUUUUGCUGAUGUUUAUGGGCAUUUUAGCCAUCAGAGCUGUUGUGAGAGUGAUAGCUAGAGUGUUUUUAACCACUGUUUCUCCCCUCUGAGCUGAAGAUUCAUUUUUGUUAUUUAAACUAGAUCUUCCUGUGACUGAGGUCUAAUGACAGGAAUCCAUCACAACUCUAAUCUCUAGCUAACAAACCAAAAACCUUUCGUGUGUUCUGAAAUGGAUUCAAUAAACAUUUUAUACAUAUUACCUGGUCCCAAGCUGCAUGUCUUGAUGAAAUUGACAACCCACCAGGUCUUUCUGCAUCCUGUCCUCACCUCCCUGUGCCUGCCUGCUCUUCCUGCCUGCACCAGGGCUUUGCAGCAGAGUAGUCUUAUCUCCACCAACCACCCCUGGGCUUUGUCUGACAUUCUCAGCUGCAAUGGAAAGUCAUUUCCUGGAGAAAUAGCACUGUCUCCAGAGCUUGGAAAGCACUGAACAAAGUCUGAAGGCGAGGCCUGUCUUCUAAACCUAUGCAGCCACUCAUCCUUGAGCAUUUGGCCUAGAGGGAACACUUAACCGUGUUUACUCAGAGAGCAUCUCCUCAGAGAUCCCCCUCCGGCUCUGUUUGGCAGAGGGAAUUUACAAUACAGGUGACCCUUGAACUAUGUGGGGGUUAGGAACACUGACCCUCCAUGCAGUCAAAUAUCCACAUAUACCUCUUGCAGCCCCCCACCCCCCUCCAAUUUAACUACUGAAACCUCCUGUUGCCCAGAAGCCUUAUUUCUG